AUGCAGUCCAUCAUCCUGAACGUUCUCUCCGACAUCUUCACAGUCCAGCGCGACACCUUUCUCGGUCGCCUGAUGCCAUGGUUCGCCUGCGGCAUCGUCGCCUUCGUAGCCUUCCCGUGGGUGAUGAUGGUGCUGUACGGGCUGUACUUUGGCAUCUUCCUGCGGCCGAAGGAGCAGGCCGCCAUGUCGCUCUCGCCGCUCCUCACGUUCUUGUACUUUCUAACGGACGAGGCCACGCCAGGCUUCGACCAGCGCCUCAUGCGGCUGUUCCACCCGAGUCUGCUGGAGGAGAAGGACGGCGGCUCUGUGCAGCGUGGCCUCAUACGGGCCAUGUCGCGCUGCCUCAUCGACAAGUUCGGGAAGGUGACCAACAUCGCCCGUGACACGGUGGUGUUGAAGCGCGAGGGCAAUGAUGUGAACUGCAUGGCCCUCGUCGACUUCGAGAAGGCAAAGCAAGUCCGCUGUCAGCUGUCGUGGAAGCGCCGGCCUGGCGUGGUGAAGCGCUACCGCGAGGAGACAGGCCGGUACCCGGCUCGCUCAGAGAAGGAGUCGUUCGUGCUCAACGGCAUUGGCAUCGCCUUCCCCUACACGUUUCAGGUGACAAGCUUCCACAUUGACCCGAAGAAGGGGGACGAGUUCAACAUUCUCAAGUACGUCCGGCUCGUGGACUUCGACGACUUUGGGGAGCUGUUUGUGCGCCGCCUCUUCGAGAAGCCGCCGCGGGCGGCCGUGUCGAUGAUGGUCCAGCCGCUGAAGGAGAAGUACUCGAGCGACGAGGCACUAGCGACGCUGCAGGACUCUGUGCAGAAGGUGGUCGAUGCAUGCGGUGGGCUGGCGUCGUCGCUGGGCAGCCUGACUGUGGAGCAGACGUCCUACAAGGCCAUUUACGCCCCAGUCCCAGAGGAGGCGGCACCACUGCCAGGCGAGCCGCAGACAGUGAAUGAGGAUGGCCGAAAGGCACCGGCGAUCGACGGCGUGGACAUGGAGUACCUCGUGGAAGGGACCACGCGCAACCUCGAGGCGUACCUCCGCCUUACCUUCUCAGGACUGAAGGCGCUGGUCACUCGGUACGAGCUGCGGCUGCUGCCAGUCGAGCUGGCGCAGGUGGUGAUGGACCACGACACGGGCAAAUCGAUCAUUGUCGGGUAG